GGGAAGCGCGAGCGCAGCCGUUUGGAAUCACUCCACUUUCUCAUCACAGACAGUACAGCCGCGCGACCUGCUCCGUGCUGGACCGGGAGGCGGACAGAGUUUGUAGCGGCAGAGCGGUGACCGCGCGUCGGGGUGGAAACUAACAGGACGACCGCUGGUGGUAAAACUCCCGGACCUACCGGACCUAGUGUUUCUUGCUUGGGUGAUUUUUAACCGUUUUCUUUUUUUUUUGUCUUUUUUCUUUUCUUUUUUUUUUUGUACAUUUUUUCCUCCCUCAUCCCGGUGCUCCGUCCGCUUACACUAUCACCAGCACCUCCACCCCACUACCUCCCCAAGCGUGCCAUCAGCGGAGGAUGCUGCUGUCGGCACACACCGCCCGGUGGUAACAGUCACCCCUCCACGGAGUAGCAGUUUGGAGCGGCUCCGUCUGGGUACCGAGGAGUAGCGGCGCCUGUAGCCGGGCUGGAGCGCUCAGAGCUGGGGAACCGCGCGGCUCUCACCCGGUCCAGAGCGGUGCUGUCUGGCGGAGACAUGGCGGCGCUGAGGUGGGAGGUUCUGCUGUUCCUGGCGGCGGUCCUGUUGGUCUCCUGCGGCGCCGCGCCAUCUGACAUCCUUUAUCGAGUCCCUGAGGAGCAGCCGCCCAACACGCUGAUCGGCAGCCUGGCGGCGGACCAGGGCCUGCCCGACACCGGUCACCUCUACAAGCUGGAGGUGGGCUCGCCGUACUUGAGGGUGGACGGCAAAACCGGCGACAUCUACACCACCGAGAUUCCCAUCGAUCGCGAGACGCUGAGGGACUGCCGCAACCUGUUUGACGGCGACAAAUGCUUCUUGGAGUUCGAGGUGUCCAUCACAGACAUGGUGAAAGGCAUGGGCUCGGGCCCGCGGCUGAUCGAGGGCCGCAUCGAAGUGCUGGACAUCAAUGACAACACGCCGCAGUUCUCCUCGCCUAUCCUGACCCUGUCCAUCCCCGAGAACACGCACAUCGGCGCCCUCUUCUCCAUCCCCAUGGCCACCGACAGGGACUCCGGCACCAACGGCGUGGCCGAGUACUCACUGAGCACCGGGCUGGACGCCGACCAGCUCUUCAGCCUGCAGGUCGCCGUGGACACGGAGGAGAAGCUGCCGCAGCUGGUCGUCAUGGGCAACCUGGACCGCGAAAAGAAGGACUCGUACGACCUGAACAUCCGGGUGGUGGACGGCGGGAGGCCGGCGAGGGCGAGCAGCGCUCUGCUGCGAGUCACCGUCACCGACCAGAACGACAACGCUCCGAAGUUCGAGAGGAGUCACUACGAGGCCGAACUACCGGAGAACAGCCCGCUGGGACACUCGGUGCUGCAGGUCAGAGCCAAUGACGCAGACACCGGCACCAACGGAGAGAUUGACUACAGCCUCCAUCAGGCGUCAGAGACCGUCCAGAGGCUACUGCGCAUCGACCGAUCCACUGGCAUCAUCUACGUCAAGGGUCUGGUGGACCGCGAAGAGGAGAACUUCCUCAAGUUCUUUGUGGUCGCCAAAGAUCGCGGGCCCAACUCCAAGAACUCCAAAGUGUUGGUGACCAUUAACGUCAGGGACGUGAACGACAACGCACCGGCCAUCGAGAUCCGAGGUAUCGGCCUGGUGACGCACCAGGAUGGUGUGGCCAACAUCUCUGAAGACAUGCCAAUUGGUACACCAGUGGCGUUGGUCCAGGUGUCGGACCGUGAUGAGGGGGAAAAUGCGGUGGUGACAUGCGUGGUCGCCGGUGAUGUCCCGUUUCAGCUGCGACCUGCGAGCGAGUCUGCCAAUGAUCGGAAGAGGAAGUACUUCCUGCAGACAACUACCCUGCUGGAUUAUGAGCGUGUGAAGGAUUACAGGAUUGAAAUUGUUGCCGUGGAUUCUGGGAACCCGGCCCUGUCCAGCACGAAUUCCCUCAAAGUUCAGGUCACCGACAUGAACGACAACACGCCAAGCUUUUCACCUACAAUGCUCGAGGUGGACUUUGCAGAGGGCAACCAGCCCGGUGACAAGGUGCUGGAUAUCGUGGCAACAGACGCAGACAGUGGCACCAAUGCAGAACUGGCUUAUAGCAUCAUCGAGCGCUCGGCCUCCAGGCUCUUUGAGAUUGACACCAACACCGGAGAGGUCCGUGUGAAAAACCUGCUGGAUCGGGAAGAGACGGAGCGUUAUGAGUUCCGUGUGGCUGCAGCAGACAAGGGCCUUCCUAGCAAAACUGGCACUGCCACGGUGGUGAUCAAUGUUCUGGACCGCAAUGACAAUGACCCCAAGUUUAUGCUGAGCGGCUACAGCUUCUCUGUCAUCGAGAAUAUGCCUCCGCUGAAUCCCGUUGGUGUAGUGACGGUCACCGAUGCUGAUAAGGGUGAGAACGCCAGGGUGAGGCUGUUUGUAGAACCGGACAAUGGCAAGUUUGUCAUCCAGAACGGCACGGGAACCAUCCUGUCCAGCAUCUCCUUUGACCGCGAGAAGGAAAGCACCUACACCUUCCGCCUGAAGGCCGUGGACGCUGGUGACCCACCUCGUUCCUCCUAUGUGGGUGUGACCAUCAAUGUCCUCGAUGAGAAUGACAAUGCCCCCUAUGUCACCAAACCAGCUAACUCCUCCUACACAUACCUGACACCUGUCACCGCUCCAGACACUCGUGUGGAGGUGGUAGAGGCGGAGGACAUAGACUAUGGACCCAAUGCUGAGCUGGUCUACACCAUCACUGGCGGCAACCCGUAUGGCCUUUUCCACAUCUCGCCCACCAGCGGGGAGAUCACACUAGCGCAGGAAUUCACUGGCAAGCACAAUGGCCUGCACCGCCUGGUGGUGAGAGUCAGCGAUAAAGGCAAACCUCCCCGCCACACCACCGCCCUGGUCCACGUUUUUGUCAACGACACCAAGGCCAACGUCUCCCUCAUCGAGGCUCUGGUGGGACACAGCCUCUACACCCCUCUUGAUAGGGACAUUGCCGGAGAUCCCAACAACGCCCUCGCUCAGCGCAGUAACAUCCUGUAUGGCAGCCUGGCGGGUAUCGCGGGCGUCAUUCUGGUCAUCGUAGCCGUGGUGGUCAUCAGACAUCGGCUACAGAAGGACACCAAGAGCGGCUACCAGGCCGGCAAGAAGGAGAGCAAGGACCUGUACGCUCCUAAGCAAGGCCCCAAAAAUGGCAAAGGGAAAAAGAGCAAGAAGGGAAAAGCUCCCAAACCCGCCAAGCCACUAGAGGAGGACGAGGAGGCCAGUCUCCAGAAAGGCCUCAAGUUCAACCUCAUCAACGACAACGUCAACGACAGUCCCAGAAUCCACCUGCCUCUUAACUACCCGCCGGGAAGCCCCGACCUGGGUCGUCACUACCGCUCCAACUCCCCCUUGCCCUCCAUCCAGCUGCAGCCACAGUCACCCUCCGCCUCCAAGAAGCACCAGGCCGUUCAGGACCUCCCCGCUACCAACACCUUCGUGGGAACGGGCGACAACAACUCCACGGGCUCCGACCAAUAUUCGGAUUACAGCUACAAGGCCAACCCGCCCAAAUACAGCAACAAACAGGUAGGACCGUACGCAAACACGGCAAUGUACAACAGAGACAUCUAUUGGACCAACCGGGUGUGGUAGUCACGCUGGGACUUAUUUGGCACAGCCGAUAUUCAUCCACCAAAGCUGCACUGAUACCCCUGCACAGCACCCACUUCCAAAAACGGCUGAUAUUCCCUUUUUGGUUUUUUUUUUUUUUGGUUUGUUUUGGUUCUGUUCACCAUUUCUGUUUUGUUCCGUUAAUUUGUUUUCAUCUCUACAUGGACAUCACAAUAUUCACACCAUGAAGGAUUACACGAAGGGAUAGACCACAUAUGGGUUUACCAAUAUUUAUCAGCUGAUAUUUGAAUGAACUCUCUUGAUUGAGAACAUUCCCUGAACACGGUUUUAAAUGUUUGUGUUGAUGCAUUUGUUCGUGUUUCCCCACUUGUACAUCAAAAUGUUCAGUUCUUACUUACAGUAUUUAAUUAGGAGUUUCUGUUUAUUACAACCAAAGAGUUUGAGAGUUACAAGUCUUAAGAAAAGCACAAAGAAAAUUGCACCAUUAUGUUGUAUAUCAGCAGAUAUGUUGGAUGUAGGAAAAAUCCCAUAUCGGUCUAUCCUUAGCUUCUAUAUAUUUUUCCUUUCAUUUGUGUUUAGUUUCUCCCUUUCACGGUGGUUUAAAUGAAGAAGAUUAUGAGUUUCCCCCCCCUUUUUUUUUUUUUUUUUUAAUUAUUCACAAGUGUUUUGAUUCUGGAGUUCUUUGUGCGACCAUUGAAAGGUUCAUGCUGACAUCCUCAUUAAGUCUGAAUGUGUUUUUCUUUUUUUUUUUGAGAGAGAGAGAGAGAGAGAGAGAGAGCUGACUCGAGUUUUAAAGCUGCUUUAUGGCCGGAUCAGCUUGUUGAAGUGUGACAAAGAGUGACUGUGAAUUCCUGAGUUAGUUUCUCCUUUUUUUUUUUACCCAUUUUUUAUUGUUUCUUGGCUUUCUUUGGCCAGAAGCUAGGCUGGCUGAGCAGCACUUUAGAGUGUUACCAUCCAGUUCAGACCAAUUUAAGGUAAUUCCAGCUCGGUCAGGGAGCCAAGCAGUGAAGAGAGAAAGAAAGGGGGACAAAGAG